CUAAGAAGUAACAACAACCUGCUUUCGUGUGGUGCAAUCGGAUUCAAAAAACAAGGAGGUGUGCUGGAAAAUGUCAACUUUCAUUCGGUGGGUCGUUUUCGUUGAGAAUUUUUAUCGACUGAAAAUAUAAGAGAGAGACAAGAGGGAGUCGUCUGGAAAUCGCAAAAAGAACAAUGUAUCGAGGAAGACGGCGAACGAACUCCUCCUCAACAAAAAUCGAAAAGAGAAAGCCUGUAGCGAAAAGGAUAACAAAGAGGAGGAGCACUACGUCAUCUACAGCUAAGUAAGAAGUACUAAAAACUCUAACUUCGAAUACACCUUCAACAAAAAAACAACAUAGGCUACGGAUCAGCGCUUGUUUGAUCUGUGAAGUCUGAUAUUGAAUGAAAGAAUCCUGUAGGAAAAACUGUUAUGGCGUCAGCCCCAUAGGGGCAGACGAGGGGUCCUAGACGAAACUGUUAUAACUUGCGCAUUUCAGUGGGCUGGAUUCAUCAGCAUUUCGUGGACGAGGGGUCCUAGACGAACAGUUGCGCAUUUCAGUGGGCUGGAUUCAUCAACAUUUCGUGGACGAGGGGUCCUAGACGAACAGUUGCGCAUUUUAGUGGGCUGGAUUCAUCAACAUUGGACGAGGGGUCCUAGACGAACAGUUGCGCAUUUCAGUGGGCUGGAUUCAUCAACAUUGAGUAGGACGGAACCAUUCAGUUGCGCAUUUAAGUGGGCUGGAUUCAUUUCGUAGUAUUUUUCACCACUUGGAGCGGCAAGAUGGGAAAGAAAGGUAUUGCUAUUUUGAUGUUCUGAUCAUGUUGUAUGAGUCAAAUUGAAAUUCAUCAAAUAGGACGACGCCUUUUUACAAUUAUUAUGACUUAUGGUUUUCGUCCCACGCUCCUUACAAUUAUUCAAUUAUUAUGACUUAUGGUUUUCGUCCUCCCACGCUCUUUAACCGGUAUUUUCCUUUCAUCACAACCACAGGAAAGGGAAAGAAAGAGAAGAUAACCGGUACGCCGGAGGUUAUCAAAUUCAAGGGGACGAAGGAAUUUCAACUCCUAAAAGAAUGUGUCUCGAUUCAAGAGUCACUACCGUUCGUAGCGAGCGACAUAUUAGACGACCUGUCAUUUCGAAAAGUUGCGAGAUUCUUGAAUAUGGUACUUCUUCCCUAUAUUGUUUCUUGUGUGAUUGAUGUAGCACGACAGUUUACCUUUACCUAUCUAUGUUUCUUAUGUGAUUGAUGUUGUACCUGCACUAGCAGACUUCUAUUUUAUUCUAAGGACUUGCCACCUAGAGGGCAUCUAUGGUAUAGUCUAUUUCUAUAUUCUAGGUCGUUAUCAAAUGUACCUUUACCUAGGACAGGUACAUAUUCUAGUUCACCUUUACCUAUCUAUGUUUCUUAUCUGAUUGAUGUACCUGCACUAGCAGAUAGGUAGUUUUCAUUUCCACCUUCAUCAUCUCACCUACAGCUGGGUCUCCUAACGACGUUCGUGAAAGGCGAUUCGACCAAGGAGUAUAGGUUUAAGCUGCACCACAGCUUAGCCGAUCCCCCACCUCAGUACUUCCCGCAGGGAUAUCCAGCUAGUCUGAUAAAGGUGGCGAGGGCGAUAACAGCCAGCACCCAGGUGUCCUACAAUGGGCGAGAUUUCGAUUACAACGAGAUGGCACCUGAACUAGCAGCGAAAAGUGAGGAGUUCUUGAAAAGUCUAGACACCAGCAUGACGACGCUAGCAAGCGCUUUCGAAACCGAAAUGAAAGCAGACUUCCCUAGUGGGUUGAAGAAGGUAUUAUUUUUACUUUUUUAUAUUUCAGACUGACAGGAGGACGACGAUGGCGCCGGCGCUCAGUUAGUUUUAGCAGUUAGCAGGAUACCUUAGGAUACUUGUUGAUAGUUACCCUUUUCUCUUUUAUAUCUUCCUCUGGUCUGUCUUUUUUCUAGUUAGGUCGGCUCCACCGCAAAUAUUUAAAAAUUUUCGCUAAUAAAUCGUGGUCAACAAAAUUUUCUAGGUCCUUUCUACUAUAUCUCCUGUAUCGCGAUCGACCUGAUCUUACGGCCACGUGAGUUUUUCGCAUCUCCUCUUGUCCUCUGUUCUGAGUCUGUUGACCUCGGUCCCGUAGACAUGUCGGCUCUUGUUCAGUCGGUUCUGCUAGUUCUGCUCUUCUACAUCCUUAAUUCAUCAGAGAGAAAGCACAGCGGUAGGCUGAAGAAGGUACUUCUACUACAUUCUCCAUUUCUGGUGCAUAGCUUUUCCCUAUCAAUAUCAAUCAUAAAAAAUCUCCAGUUCAACCAAGACAUGCAGAAGAAGCUUGGGGAUUUUGAUAAGGCAUGGACAGAGUACGAGAAAAUGUACCUCACUGCGAAGAACCACAUCGAUAGCGAGGUAUUUCUAAUCUCUUGAAUAUGCUCUAGUACCUCACCCACGCGAAGAACCACAUCGAUAGCGAGGUUGUAUUGCUUAUAUGUCUCUAAGCUGACGUAGGGGUAUCGUCCUCUUCACUCUCGAUGUUGAUAUCUUCACAAAAUAAGUAUUAUCCUCAAGUGUUGACAUGACGAAACCCAAAUUCUCCAGGUUCUUCGACAAGUAACCACCCUAGUGGACAUCGAAAAGAAAUUGACGGACGCCGAGAAUAAGCUCGAUAUACCGCAUAAGCAGGAAUACGAGAACCUUUUUGUAUAUUUAUUGCACUUGUUUUCCUAAUUAUAUUUUUGAUCGCUCAUGUAGUUACUUAGGGACAUAUUUUCACCUUUUUAGUCCUUCAGCUGAUUUAUUACCUUUUCCUUGUUUUGCAGUACUUGAUCUAUAACCUUCAGUACUUCAUCUCCUUCAAAAGCAGAGGGGCUCGAGCUACCAGCACCAACUACCUCAAUCAAAAAGUACAAGUUACAAAACCGCAUCCUCAGACUCGCGAAAUCGAGGGUAUCAUCCACGACAAUUGGUCUUUUGUGGUCGGCGUCAGUGAGGAGCUCAAGUCAAAAACCUUUUACGACAACGCAGUUCCAUUAGCGGAAGCUUGCGUCUUCUACGAAUCCAAGGUUACUCCGGAAUGGCUAGAACAAUGCAAAUAUGUCAUCAAAGACUAUUUGGAGGUACUUUUAGCACUUUGAUUCAUUUGGAGUGCUAAACCUAAAGCUCGUCGUACUACUGGUACAACUAGGUAUUUCAGUUUUUAGUGGUCGAGAACAACAAGUCCAUCGACAUCAAAUUUGUCUCGUCGUCAGAAAGAUCGCAGAAGCAUAACACUUCAAAGAUGAAGACGAAUUUUCACGUCCACAUUUCCGCUCAUCACCUCCUUCCAGCUCCGCAUCUAUGUCGCCAACUUACCGACACAGCGAAUGUAUCUGGAGUUCGACAAGAAUACGGCGUUUCUGAGACUACUGAAGAAAUUUCAUGCUAGUGUCCAUACCGCAGAGGAGGCGUUCACGUUUGUGGAUCAGCUCCCGAAGAACAUGAAACAGAGCAAUCACAUGACAAGGAAACUCUUGGAGCCUGAUCUAAUUAGGCUGAAAACCAUCAAUGCGACUGGGUCGUGA